GAAAGAGACAAUCAUACAUUCACCAGUCAAGAAUGUUAUCUCUCCAUUCAAACUGAAACGUAAAACUCCUGAGAAAAUCAACUCACCUACCAAACUCGGCGAACACAUAGAAGACGCCACAAUUAUCCCGGUAUGAAAUAUAAAAUAAUAUAGGUUGACGUUUUCCUUGACACUUUUCAUAAGUUUCCCUGACAAGUUUUGUUUGCUUGUGUGUUCGGAAUGUUAAACAUUUAUCUCAUGUCAAGGUCGCAUUUUGUUUGCCAAAACAAGUAUUUCUUGCACACUUGUUUAUUUUCCUUGGAGGCCGUAUACACACGAACAAAUGUUCCUUGUCCAAAAGUUGACAUGCAUGAGUACUUUUAGCUUUAGAACAAGGCUCCUUAAUGGAAAUAGACUACAUUUUAAUCUAAGUGAAGAGAAGGGAAUCAAACACCACAGCUAAAAAGAACAUAAUGAAAUUAGAAAAAUUGCAACAUUUGGUUGCGAAAUGUUGUAAAGCUUGGAAAAUGUACUCUAUAGUCUUGCAAAGUUUGCAAAUUUUGUAUAAUAUGUUUGUAUUACGUGCGGAAAUUGUUACCGAAAUUGUUGAGCCGAAGCUCAACAAUGGUAAAAAUUUCCGCACGUAAUACAAACCUAGACAAAAUAUGCAAACUUCGCAUGUUAGACUAUAUUUUCUGUUUUUACAACAUUUCGUAACCAAAUGUUGCAAUUUUACUAAUUUUAAUAAGUUCUUUACGGGAAUUUAACAUGCAAGUUGUCUAUUGGCAAGGAAAAUCCGUACACACGGGCAAAUAAAACUUGUCGAGGAAACCCUGCUCCUCUGUAUGGCGCUUAACUCGUACGCAACUCUUGUGUUUGUUUGACCGGAGCACGAGGGUUGAGAAAACUCCGAUGCAAACUCUCGCUUCUCAACUUUCACCAACUCUCAUCCUCGUUUGACCGGGCUGCAAGUAGUGCGAAUCUGUUUUAAUGAGAUUUUAAGCAAACAUUGGUAUAGGGUUUUUUAAUGCAUAGAGCUAGUGAAAUGAAUGAUGCAUGGUCACACAUGUAUAGUAGUUGAUGCAUGUUCCUUUCACUUCCUGCUACGGACAUGGUCCGAUUCCAAUAGUAGUAGAUGUUACAUGAUUAUAUGUAAGUACAGUAUGACGUCUCUCGCGCAAGAAGAGUGCUUGGAGUUUUGCUCUAAGGCACACUGCAGGUUUCCCCCAGCUUAAUACUAGUAAAGCUGGAGCAUACAUGCACAAAUGGCCCUUGCAGAAACACAGUUACUUAUAGAUUACAAAGGGUGCGAUAGCUUUUUUGUUCUACUACACGUCUAGUACUCCAAUGAUUAUUGUAACGUACUUGAAAUGCUACAAACUUAUAAAAUUAAGACUCAAGUUGUAAUUAGUCUUCAAGAUACUGUAAGGUGCAUAAAAGACAGUUUUCUGUAUGAAAGGUAUUUAUUCAGUAACCUGAAACUACGAGUGAGAACAAGAAAGAGCACCAUUGCGUACACACGCAUGCACUCCCAAGUCCGUCUUGUCCCAUCAGUCCAACCAUAUUUAUGCCAAGACAUGUCAGAUUAACACAUUUCUUAUAAUUACGGUUUUGAACACCUUGAAUUAAAAACGUUGGCUGGUCUCAUGGUACUAUAGCAAAAUGUAAGUACUCAGAUAGCGAGAGUCCAGCGCUAGGCCUCCAAGUCUCUCUUUCAUUGUCAUAUAGUAUCGAUCCACUAUAGUGUACAUUACAUGACGUAGAAAGGAGAGGCGGAGCGAGAAAGAGAGACUUGUCAACUCCGGAAAAUCUCGGUUCAAAACUGAAUCGAAAAUGCAAGACUUGCUUUAAUUGUUUUCUGUCAGUUUUUUUUUUAAUUAUUAUUAUACAAUAUUAGAUACUCCCAAUUGGGCUUUUCAGGAUGUAAUUACAAAUAUGAAAUUCUAUAUCUAAAAUAUCUAAAAAUUAAUUUUGAGUUUUGACCUAAGGUAUAACAUAUACUGUAGGCUAUAGUUCUAAAAUAUUCUAUAAAUCUGUUAAAAACCACUUUCGGUUAAAAAAUCUUCUAAUAACAUACGUUUGUAUUCUACUUUAAAAUGAGUAUACUGAGUAUUUAUUAUGUAUUGAUCUAGCACAGUGUAAAUAACAUGAGUUCCAUUAUAGUAAAUAAUACAGAAAGAAAUUGAAGGAAAACAAUUAAAGCAAGUCUUGCAUUUUCGGUUCAGUUUUGAACCGAGAUUUUCCGAAGUUGACAAGUCUCUCUUUCUCGCUCCGCCUCUCCGUGCUACGUCAUGUAAUGUACACUAUAGUGGACCGAUACUAUAUGACAAUGAAAGAGAGACUUUGAGCAAAUCUGGUACCUACUACGUGGUCGCUGGUGACAACAAAGAAGUGUCAGACCGUAAUAUUGACUAACCUGCCAACAAUCUAUACAACUACUGUACACCUAUCGCACAUUGUGUUAAUGAGACAGCCAACCAACAUACUUAAAUAUACAGGUACUUCGGUUUAGCUUAAUUCCUUUUCCUGCCAAGUUAUAGGCUGCUCUGUACUGUAAAUUUGGUUCAAACGUGUUUGCAUUGUUCUUUGGUUAUCUUUUUAACAGGAGGUUGAGGUACUUUUAGCUGAUCUCAAAUUCUCUGAAGGUGGAUCAUCUGACGAAGAAUACGAUCCUUUAAACGAUGUGAGUAUGGUAUUCGUAUAGUUUUUGGUCAGUAUUUUUCAACAUAACAACUUGCAAGGAUAUACAUAUCUAAGGACUCAAGUGCAAAAUUGGCCAGUACUGUAGUUCGAGAAAAUGUCUGUUAGUAGAACUGAAAAUUAAAUAGAACCCUUAAAAGAAUAUCUAUGUGAGAUAUUCUUAUAUCAAGAUCUGGGUAGACUUUAAUUGUGGAGAUCGUGCAUGCAACUAUUUAAUUGAUCGUAUAAUAAACUGGCAGAAUACGAAUUCUUUCAUUAUAGGCUACACUCCGGCGUUUGGAUUCUGUUUUAUUUUUUUCCACCGUUAAGUGUCUCGACUUGUAAGGCUGGUAAUUUACACUAUCAAAGUUUCUGUGAUCACAGUGUAUAGGAAUUUUGCAUUGGGUAAAUUCUUAAGUGACUUGUAAGAAAUUUCUGAGAAAUUUAUUUCUGCAGGAUGGAAGUGAAGAUGAUUCUGAAAGUUGUGUCUCUAAUACCAGGUAUAAACAAAGCUAGCCUUGUAAAUUAUACGUAUAUCGUGUGAUUAACCAGAGUAUGUUGGAUAAAUAACCAGGGGCUUCCGGUUAUUUGUCCACCUAACAUAGUCUGGUUAACUUAACCAGGUCAUCCUGGUCAAAUAUAUUAACCAGAUCUUGGUUUCAUAAACCAGACUAUGGUAGGAAGGAAGAUCAGAUAAAAUAACCAAGAAGUAUAACCAUUAAUAUUGAGGUAUCCCAAUAUAUAUAAGUUAGUCAGACAAAUGUUUGCACUGUUAUGACAACCACAGAUAAUCAAGCAUUUACAGUACUUGCACAAAUGAGUUUCGUGAUAACGACUUUAAACAUACUAUAUGUUUACGGACUGUUUAGUCAUUUAAUAAAUCUCUAAAUUGUGUAAAUAAAUAACAGGGUUUCCUGCACCUGACCAAAUCGAGCGCACCUGGCUGGGCGAAGGCCUACAAAUUUAAGCACAGUCCCCCCUUCUACAUAUAUCAGCAUAAGAUAUCUAAACAAAUUAGUCCCUGAUAAUCACAUCUAACACUAAUUAGGUCUAUGGUAGUUUGCUGAAUGCUGUAUGAAGUACGUCACUCAUGCUUAAGAGACUGACUUAACUUCCAACGAAUACAAAAAUAUCCAACUGCAAAAUUAACAUGUUAACGAUGUUAACAAUGGACGAUAACGUCCGCCCACACAUGGUGAAUUCAGUUACUGAGUUCUUGCCCGGUGAGGCUAUAGUGUGGCCUGGUAACUCGCCAGAUGUGAAGCCAGUUGAGAAGAAGCCGGUUGCACUCUGGCUAACUUAGCUCAAUUGUUAAUUGCUGGAGGAAUGGAUGGCUAUACCUCAACGCAGACUCGUCAACACCACAAGGCGACGAUUCAUAUUCAAUACCUGGAGGUGAUCGAGAAGCGUAAAUCAUUGAUUAAACAUAACGGUUGUGUUCAAUUUCAAUAAAAGCAUUCUUUUUAGUUUUGAAUUGGGUAUUUUUGUAUUCAAUGGAGUUUAGACAUCACAAUAUUCUUGAAUAAAAUUAUAUUUGAAGGAAGAAUUUCUAGCUUCUCAUUUUUCCACUGAAACAGACUUAUAUUUCCCGAUUGUGUUUUAUGUAGUGAUAUUUCGUCUCCUGAGCCAUUGCGUCGUACAUCACGUGCCAAGCGACGUUUAUUGAAUGAUUCCGUCAGCAGUCCUCAACCAGAUGAUUCUCAAAAGGACGAGAAUAUUGCGUUAAAAACAGGUACAUUUAUACAUACCCACAUUUUUUGCCCGUUUUUUCUCAUGAGCGUGAUUAGCAGGGGUGGGAAAACUAAAAAGUAUUAGACCGAUGACCAUUUGGUUCCAAAAAUUGCCAAGUUCCCAGAAAGUAGAAUAAGAAAAAAUAAAGGAGAGGAAUAAAGUGAAGGAAUGGCUCGAGUCCACAAAACAUACCGUUUCCCUCGAUUCCAGUGAUGGUAGAUAAACAAUGUAUGGUAGAUAAAUUAGGUCAUAUUCAGUCGAGUACCCUUCGUUUUCCGUUCGUACUUAGUAAGCCGCACGCUGGAAUAUUGGCAGAGAAUCUUUAGUUUUGUUACAGUGGUUACAGAAAUAUUUUUUCCAACGCCUAAACUGUAAGUUAACAUGCACUAGCAUAAAAAACAACGUUUCGAAAUCGUAUACUGACUCCAUUCUCAAGGUGCAUGAGAAGUCUGCGAGUUUAUUGAAUACUAUAGCUAGAUUUAUAUAACAUUUUCAAUGAACUGCCAGACUUUUUCUAUACCUUGAGCUGAAUAGAGUCGGUAUGAACUUCCAAAGGUUAAUUUUUAUCGCAGAUGUUUACUUGUUCAUGUAUUUCAAAACCAUUAAUUAAAUUUAACUACCCUUGCUAAAUUUGUGCCUGAGUGACUGGGAUCUACCUGUAAUUGACAUUACCAGCGUCGUUAAUAUUUUCCAGAUCAAGAGGAAGAACUUCCUUCGCCAUUUAAAGUUCCUUUACCACUGACGAAAUCAGCCGAGAAGGUAAGAGUUUUAUUGAGACAAUAGUUGUAUUCAUUUGUCUCUGCCAGGAGCUCUACAGAGUACCUCCCCGGGCUAAAGUCCUGAGGGUACUAAUUCCGUCUGACUAUUCUUAUUGGGGCAGAGGAAGACAUUCCAGCUAAUGAUGGUGGCUUUGUCAAAAAAUAGCGAAUUACAGUACAGUAUAACCUUUCUCACGAAGGCCAAAAUUCGCCAUUUUGGGGUACUGUCUGCCCUCGUGAAAGAUUCUAGACAAUUCAAACAACGUGAAAAGUGAUUUUUAAAAGUUGUAACUGAACUUUACCAUUAUAUACAAACAACUACAAUACGAAAAAGUUGCAUUUCGUGUUGCGGAGACGGCAAACGUGGGAGAGGCAGUACCCCCAAAGUGGCGGGAAAAUCGACCGUGAGAAAGGCUAUAUAAUUGCCUGGAAGGGAAAGUACUCCUUGUCAAAUCCAAACUGUCUAACAUUAUAUCCAAACUCUCAUACGUCAUUUCCUUGUCCUAUUAUGUAAUGACGAGUUCCUUUAUCAUUUAGUGAUUGUCUUUCAAAGGUGUUCGACAUUUUUAUUAGUAGAUAGAAGAUAGAAAAACUUUAUUUACCAACGCUAACCCUGUCAACCGAAGCUGAUUUCCACAGGGGGCGUGCAGUUUAUUAGUCAAUCUCGUUUGCCAAAUUCUUAUCACUAUCUAACUGCUUGAAAUAAAUUGCGUUUUAUAGAAAGAAACCGCAAAGACUGACUUGAUUGCCACAAGAACAAGAUCCAGACUUCCACUGACUGAUACGAGUCUUCAGAGUAUAGAAGGUAAAGUACCUCUGUCCUGAUGCGCUCUUAGGGGCUGAUUACAUAGGGAGUUUUCAGCCCGGGCUGAAUUUCAACCCCGUUAACCGAGUUGAAAUUGCUUCACGAUUACAUGGCAAAGUUGAGCCCGGGGUGAAUUAAAAUGUCAGUUCAAACCUGGGUGAAAUCUCAGCCCGCGCUGAAACGGUCAAAUCUCAAAACGGAGCUAUUCCGCUUCUUCGAAGAAUUUAAAAUGUAGUUGUUCAUGUCUAUAAUUUGACUUCUGCGAGACUGUGGUUGCAUUUAAAAAUAAUAGAACAGACAGAAAUGUUUUUUCAACCAUGGUUGAAAUUUCCCGUCGACUAUACAUGACGAUUUUCAGUCCGGUCAACCGGAAUGAAAUUUUCAGCCCGGGUGGCAUCAACCGCGCUGAAACUUCAGCUUGGGCUGAAACUCAUCCCGGGCUGAAAUUUCUGUCAUGUAAGCGUUUGCUGUGGUUUAAUAGGAUUUUAUCCUUAUAGGCCGGGCUGAAAUUUCAGGCCGGGAAACCGGGCUGAAAACUCUGCAUGUAAUCGGUCCCUUAGGUCUGUUCAUGUGAGUCCAGCUAACCAGGAAACUCACUUGAGUGAGAUCUCCAUACCCAGUGUUAACGCAUGUAAAAUUCAGUUUGUGUUCAUAUGAGAAACGAGCCAGCCUGGCUUGGUGAGAUCUCACCUUGCGCUAGAUGGUCUCCGUCAGGUGGAAUAAAAUGUUCCAUAUGAAUGCUUCGUCCCACGUGCCCGGAAUGGACAUUUUUCCCAUUUUGACGGAAAAUACAAUACAGUAUGGAACAGUCAUAUGAACACAGGGAUAAUUCAUCCCAUUCAGGCGAGCUUUCCGGUAAACCGGGAUCGUUUUAACAGGGCACGAUGGUUGGGGAAAAUCUCAUGCUUGAGACCUUGCUUAACAACUCAUGUCAAUUCACAUCAACUCAUAUCAACUCUCAGCGACGGCUCUCAUGAACUUACAUCAACUCCCAUCAACUCACAUUGGCUCUCAUCAACUCUCAUGAACUUACAUCAACUCUUAUCAACUCUCAUCAACUCUUAUCAACUCUCAUCAACUCUCAUCAACUCUUAUCAACUCUUAUCAACUCUCAUGAACUUACAUCAACUCUUAUCAACUCUCAUCAACUCUCAUCGACGGCUCUCAUGAACCACAGUUAUUUUAUUAACUUUAAUUUUAUUAACGUGAACUUACAUCAACUCAUAUCGAUUCUCAUCAACUUACAUCAAUUCUCACCAACUCUCACGAGUCUCAUCAACUUUCAUGACCAGGGCUUUAUGUACUAGAUAAAACAUGAGCAGCCGAUCUUUAGCUGAUAUGGCGAGAGUUUGUAUGUAUAUCAGAUAAAGAUCGGAUGCGAAUGUUUUAUCGUGCUUAAAAACGACCCAUCUUAUGGGUUCAUUGGCGAAGUAAUUUUAAAAAUAAACAUUGUCUAAGCCGAGAAAAUCAGAGCUGAAGUUUAUGUAAAUCAGGAUAAAUCUUUAUCCGAUUUACAAAGUUUAACAUUGAUUAAACAUUCAUUUCUUUUGUAUUUUCUUCAUGAAUUGUUAAUGAGUUUUUUAAGUCAUGUUAUUUAUUUCCCAUCCAGCUCAGUUUAUUCCUCCUGACCUCACUCCGGAUCUCUACGAUAUCAUCAAUUUGGAAGAUUUAGAACAAGAUGAUAUUGAUUGGCAGAAAUGGUUGUUUGGUCUUAAUGCUGAAAAAGGUACACAGUCAUGCAUGUUGGGAAAGCUUUGGUUGACAGAGAUGCAACUAUCUGAAAAAUACAUGAAAAACUUCGUUGGGAAGUUGCAUAAUAGGGCCGACGAAGGACCUUCGCUCGAAACGUCGAAGUUCUCCUUGUAUUUUUCAGGUAGUUGCAUCCCUAUCUAUCUGAGGCUUUCUUAUUAUUGCCACAACAGUACCUACACUGGCACACACCAUACAAUGUUAUUAUGUUAUUGAAUGUUUCAGUUUAUAAGACUUAAGCCGGUUUUCCACUUCAAGCGUACCGUACCGAGACGUAUCAAAAACGUUUUUAAAUUUCAAAAUUUUGUGUAUGUUGAUUUGUUAGCAAGGGUGGGUAGUAGCGAAGUAGUUGUAGUUCGCUACUGUAGCGAACUACAAUUUUCAAGUAGCCAGUAGUUUUUGACUACAUUUUUAAAACAGUAUAGCUGUAGUUAUAUAUUGACUACUUUUCAAACAGCAAAUCGCCAUUCGCUACUUUUAAAAAUUGUUAACAACUUGAUAGAAUAGCAUGAUAUUGAGACACGGUUUGCUUAAAAUCGAUACUCAAUAGUCAAUUUGCACUCCUGAACACUGUAGUGAUUACAAAAAUGUUGCUUUGUGUUUACUGUUGCUACUCGUAAGUCGAUUUGUUAUAGGUUACAUUACAGUCUGAGUUAGUAUAGAUGCUCCAAAUACAGUAAAACUAAAAAAUAUAGCGUAGCGAAAUAGCGAAAUAGUUCGCUACAUUUUUUAAGCAGUAGCUGUAGUCAGUAGCGAAAUACCUUUGUUCAAAAGUAGCAGUAGUUGUAGCUGACUACAUAUUUUUGAAGUAGCUGUAGUUAUAGCGAACUACAAAAAUUUUGUAGUGAAUCCACCCUUGUUUGUUAGUACUUCCGUAGUACGCCAAAAACCUGACUUGCGACGAACUUUUUAUUUUGAUACGCGAAUACACCCGGAAGUACGUGGAUUUAUAAACCUCUUCAAUCUGCGCAUGCUCACCAGUACGUUUCGGUACGAUACGGGCGAAGGGGAAAACCGGCUUUAAGGUGUCUAUGAAUCAUUACGUCAGCACAAAUGACAAAUAAACCAAUCAUUUAUAAAAUCAAGCACUCACUGCUUCGUGUUGAUUUGAAAAUGUUCUCUUCAUAACAGUGCUGGAAAAUGUCCAGCAACAUCGCAGCCAGGAAAUGUUUAACAAAAUAUCUUCACAGGAAAUUUUCUUACAUCUUUGAAAUAUAUACUGGAAUGCCAUAUAAUUUACUAUUUAGUUUACAAAAGCGUUUUGUAUGUGGAGAUUGUGUUCUGCUGAGUUGAAGUUUAUCACACUGUGCGGCACCACCAUACAGUACGUUCUCUAAAAUCUACAUAUGCAGGAGUUUUUUUUAUUUGACUUACACAUUAUAUACUGGAAUGCCAUAUAAUUUACUAUUGUUUACAAAAGCGUUUUGUUUUUAUUUGACUUACACAUUAUAUACACACAGUGGCGUAACGUUCAUUGGGUAGGGUUAGUUAAAAAACUAGGGCCCCCGACAGUUCGGGGCCCCCAUUAGUCACGGCCUAUCGUCCAGGGACCAGUUGUAUCAAUCCCGUUUAGCUAACGGUGUAUAAGUCAAAAUUAAAUAACACUUUUAUAUCUUUCGUGAAUCAGUCAACUUAAAUAUUAUGCACUAAAUAUUAUCGUUCUAUUAAAGUUCAAAACUUUUAGUUUUGUUGUUGAAUGAAUCUAUAGACUUGUUUUCUAUUUUGAGAUUAACCACCGUUUAAGCUAAACGGGCUUGAUACAACCGGCCCCAGAAAGUUUGAAAACAUAAAAAAUGCAAGUUACGAAUCAAUGGGAAAAUGCAAAAUUAAUAAUGCUAAAUAAUAAAGCCAUCGACAACAGUAGCUGAUUUUUUUAUUCCAUCUCAAAAAUAAACAAAAGUUUUUCUUAUUAAUUAGUUGUUGCAUGUGUUGGAGACUGUUAUUGUUAUUGACACGGAAUUUUCCAGAACAUUCUAUAAAUAUUCAAUAUAAAUAUAUGUAUUGCGUCCUAUGUAGUCUAUACUGCAUGUUGCUCGAGGUUUGAUCUCAUUUAAAAUGACUGUAUUUCUCGUCUUACAGGAGCGACAGACACGGAUGAUACCGAAGACUCUGAAUAUAAUUUUAUGGCGGACGAGCAGAAUGAAGAGCAAGAAGAGUAUCGAACUGAUCGAGCGGUGACAAUUUCACGUAAGAUGUGUUUAUUUUCCGUUCGUGAACAACCAAGGUUGACAGAAUGAAUGUUUUGGAAAUUCGAUUGAAGCAUACAAACUGUAUCAAAUAUAAAAAGUCGAGCCGAAGGCGAGAGGUUGUAUGUCUCCUCGGUUGUAUGUCUGAUACAACAGGGAAGCACACUGCAUGUAUGUGGCUUGUGAAACGUAAAUAUUUCAACAGUUGUGUUUUGGCUAAGAAAAUCGAGGAAAACAUUAUCCUGUAUGUAAUUCAGGAAAAUUAUGUAUGUACCUGUACUAUUUACAACAUGAGCGGGCGUGUUGUAUCAGAUAUAAAAGCUCCUGCCAAAGGCGAGAGUUUGUAUAUCCGAUACAACACGGACGCGAAUGUUGUAAGUGGCUCUUGAAACGUGUUGAUGAGAAUAUUCGUAUUCUUCAAUAAUUUAAAAUAAAUUAUUGAAAUUUGGUGGGAAAAAUCUUACCUUCACAGUCAUGAUUUCUUUUGUGUUUUGUUGUCUUCCCAAAUGUGGAUACAACACCUCAUUAAACAUUGAUUUUAAAAAUGUUCUUCGUAAAUUAUUAAUAAGUUUUACAAAGGUAUAAUAAUCAUAUCCUUCCUUGUCACAUGUGCAGUGUAUUUUUUCAUGUUAACGUUAUGGUUGAACUGUCCAUGCGUGACCCAGUAUAAACAGUCGCAUGAAGUAUAAAUACCCUCGUUCUUGUUCCUUGUGUCGGAUCAUUGUUCACAUCGUUCUCUUGGAGCCGUUGAAGAUUACAGUACUUAUAAAUAAAACUAAAAAAAAGAAAAGAAAUACAUGCAUGCUUUCUGCAUGCAUGCAGAAAUACAUGCAUGCAGCAACCCGUCACCCAUAUUUUCCAAACAUUGAAUUAACAUGAAGUAUUCCGAAAUGGCCAUAACCCGUCACCCAUAUUUUCCAAACAUUGAAUUAACAUGAAGUAUUCCGAAAUGGCCAACACUGAACGCAGGCUCGCGUUGUGCCCAUUUUAUAUGUUUGUGCCUGAAGAGAUUUUAAGUUUUAAAUUUUUUUUUGUUCAAAACGGCAAAAUAAUUGACAGAUUAGAACUUUUAACUACACAACAAUGAAUUUUGCGAAGUAUAUACUGUAGGUAUGUUAUUUUGCAUUUUGUGAGUUUUGAUUUAAAUUAAAAUUUAACUUAAAACGCUUCGUAACACCACAUAUGCACCAAUGCUUUCCUUUCCCCGGGGGUAAAUAGCCGGGUGGAAUUAAAUAACAAUUUUAGGGAAUUAGGGAACAAGAUUACAUAAAUUAAAUUUAAACUAAAAUUAAUAGUGAUUUUAUUUCUUAAUGUUUAGAGAAAGAGUUGACCGAACUGUUUGAACAAUUCUUUACUGAGGUAAAAGCUUGUUGAUUGAAUCCAUUUAUAUUAUUAACGCUAUAAAUAGUACAUUCUUAGACGGGAGAUUAUGUGAAAGUAUUUACAAAGUUUUAUUAAAAAUAG